UCGGUCUGUACGGCGGCUGGAAUCGCGGAGGUGUUCGCCGGUGUCUCUUGCGCCGGUUCGACGCGGCGCGCCCCGAGACCACGAAAAGGAAGGGCUAGAGUAAGUGUUACCCCCAGCCGCUAGAGUCAUAUAGAAAGUGUUUCCUUCCCGCCAGGCAAGUGCCUGUAGGAACCGGACCCCGCCCCCUUCCCGGCCUAAACUUUCCCCUUCCUACCCCUUUCCUUGUGCGGACUCCCUCCGUUCCUCUUGUUCUGGCAGUGAGCCCCUGCCAGGAUCAUGAAGCUCGUGAGGAAGGACAUUGAGAAAGACAAUGCGGGCCAGGUGACCCUGGUUCCCGAGGAACCUGAGGACAUGUGGCACACCUACAAUCUAGUGCAGGUGGGCGACAGCUUGCGCGCCUCCACCAUCCGCAAGGUACAGACGGAGUCCUCCACGGGCAGUGUAGGGAGCAACCGGGUCCGCACUACUCUCACUCUCUGCGUGGAGGCCAUCGACUUCGACUCUCAAGCCUGCCAGCUGCGGGUCAAGGGGACCAACAUCCAGGAGAAUGAGUAUGUCAAGAUGGGGGCUUACCACACCAUCGAGCUGGAGCCCAAUCGCCAGUUCACCCUGGCCAAGAAACAGUGGGACAGUGUGGUUCUGGAGCGCAUCGAGCAAGCCUGUGACCCAGCCUGGAGCGCCGAUGUAGCGGCUGUGGUGAUGCAGGAAGGCCUCGCCCAUAUCUGCUUAGUCACUCCCAGCAUGACCCUCACUCGGGCCAAGGUGGAAGUGAACAUCCCUAGGAAACGGAAAGGCAACUGCUCCCAGCACGACCGGGCCUUGGAGCGGUUCUAUGAACAGGUGGUCCAGGCCAUCCAGCGCCACAUACACUUUGAUGUUGUAAAGUGCGUCCUGGUGGCCAGCCCAGGAUUUGUGAGGGAGCAGUUCUGCGACUACAUGUUUCAACAAGCAGUGAAGACGGACAACAAAGUGCUCCUGGAAAACCGGUCCAAAUUCCUUCAGGUACAUGCUUCCUCUGGACACAAGUACUCCCUGAAAGAGGCCCUUUGUGACCCUACAGUAGCUAGCCGCCUUUCAGACACUAAAGCCGCUGGGGAAGUAAAAGCCUUGGAUGACUUCUAUAAAAUGUUACAACAUGAACCUGACCGAGCUUUUUAUGGACUCAAGCAGGUGGAGAAGGCCAAUGAGGCCAUGGCAGUUGACACAUUGCUCAUCAGCGAUGAGCUCUUCAGGCACCAGGAUGUAGCCACACGGAGCCGGUACGUGCGGCUGGUGGACAGUGUGAAGGAGAACGCAGGCUCUGUUAGGAUCUUCUCCAGUCUUCAUGUGUCUGGGGAACAACUCAGCCAGUUGACUGGGAUAGCUGCCAUUCUCCGCUUCCCUGUCCCUGAACUCUCUGACCAAGAGGAUGAUUCCAGUUCUGAGGAAGAUUAAUGAUUAGAACUAAUAAUCGAGACAACCUGUGGCUCACUCCUUCACUGUUACAUUUUCUCAGCAUCCUUGUGACAGAAAGCUGCAAAAGUGGCACUUUGUGAUUCUUACAGGGGUUUCUCAUGUAUUUGGUCACACUAGGUGAUUUGUGGUUGGCAGGACAUGUAUUCAAACUGAACAAUAAAAGGAAAUAAUCUCCAUGUA